CUUUUCGGACCCACUUGGUUGGCCACACACCCCCCGAAAAUAAAUCAUUCGAAAGGCCCAUGAUUUAUUGUCAACGAACAGCAUGAAAAAAAAAAUUAUAUAAAUAAUAGCUCCACAUCUUUACCCCACGUCACAUUUUCCAUUUUGUUUCAACUCACCAUCCUUCUUUCCUCACCCAUCAUUCAAAUCAAUCACCCCCACUGCUGAACAUGAUGUAUACUGUGGCGCCCACAUCAACUCUUCCUAUCAAGGAUAAGCCAGCAUCCUUAUCUAACCUCAUGCCAGAGCCUGUGCCCAUUCCAAACGCCAGGUAUGGUCCCACCGGCUUCCCUUCGACCACCGUUCCACCUGAUUCUCCUCCGUUGACCGCACCCGCGAGCACGGACAAUGACUAUACACUUUUGGACCACCUGAAAAAUGACACUAUGGUAGAAACCAUUGCUACCAUUCAAAGUACAUUCUUGUGGGAUGGUAUUUGCCGUGGCCGGUUCUUGUCUUUCCCUCAUCUCGCCCUCCAUGGUGAUGCCCAGACCUCCCAUAUCAUGCGGGUACUUGAGCGGUGGCUAUGCGACAAGUUAAUGCAGCCACAGUUGGGUGACCGACUUCCCAUCCUUGAAGAAAGUAUUCCUGAUUCGUGCCGUUCUAUUAUGGCUACGAUGCAUCAAGAGAAACACCUCUUACGACCAUUCCAUACUUGCUUGAUCCAAAUUCGCUCCGAAAAAAAAAUCUUGGCUAUGUCCCUUUUGCAUAACAAUCUCUUCGCAUAUCUUCAUCAAAUUUUGUAUACUGUAUCAUGUCAUGCACUCUAGCCUUCUUGAUAUUUUUUUUUUUCGCCACCUCAUUUUGCCUUUAGCUUUACAAAACCUAGUAAUAUCUCUCAAAGCCCAUUUUCAAUUCCAAGGAAAAAAAAAAACCACGCUAUUGAAAUAAAAGCAAAAAGUAUUUCCCCAUUGAACUAGGACGAAAUGGUGAAUCGCACGGUGUGCUUCUCACCGUGCGCCGAGUUCAUGACCGGUUUUUACGCACGGAUGGAACAAGGAGGUGACAGG